CGGUGUAAGGUGCGUAAGGUGGGUGUACUUUGUCGUACUUGGCGUUUGGCGCUAUUGGUUAGUUCGCGCUAGUUAGUAAUCUGUGGUGCAUGUUGUGUUUUGAAUGGAAAGUGUGGGGUAUGGAGUUAAAACUUUUUAUAUUUUUGGCGUUUUAAGUCAGAGUUAUUACGUAUGUACAACUUUGAUGGAAGAUAGAGUGGAUCACAAUAGUCUGUGGUCAUUAUAACGUGAAAGAGAAAGUUCUUUGUAUCCGAUGGUUUGUAUUGCCUGUUUUUUUCUGUAACGAAGUGUCCCUGUUCGUUCCAAUACAUAUUUUUCUCACAUUUCAUAGGUCAUUGCUCUCAAAGUGAAAAACAAACGUUCAGUAAAUUAGUGGCCUAUGAAAUAAUUAAAAGUAAACUGUGAAAGAAUUUAGAAUAGACCGUUUGUGUUUUGUUUAAUAUAAUAUUUGGAAUGCAGUUGUAGUGAUAUCCACCAAAGGAUGAACCCUAAGCAUUAACAGAUCUUACCAGGAAGAAGGACAUACGUUGACAAUAAGUGAGACAGUAAUUAAAGCUUACUGUUUAAAUUUCAGCCCAUAGAUGAGACAUGGAGGGUAGGACAUCACUUUUCAGGGAUUUGACUUUGAAAAUUAAAACAGAACCCCCAGAAAACUCAAGUUACAAUGAAAGAGUGUUCUUGUCUACAGAGAAUGUGACAACAGGCAUCAGUAAAGAAAAGUUGGAAGAACUGACUUCUCUUAGAACUGAGGUAGAGAAGUCAUGUGGUAACUAUUUCCAGUGUCGUCUCCUGUUAUCGGCAGUUAAAGAAGUUGCAUGUGAAAGUACUUCAAAAUUUCCGUUGAUUAAUCAAAAAGUUCACCAGAUCAUUGCAUCAGAGGAGGUGGCAAGGCUUGCAGACCUUAAUUUUGGGGAAACUAAUCAGUUACCUGAACCCUUGAUGAUUCUUGGUUUGGAUGACAGUCAUAAGUGUGGCUCAAGUACUGUGCUGUCUUAUAGUGAGAAGAUUGACCUGAAGUCUGUUGUAGAGGACAAACUUUUAAGGAAAUGUUCCAGAAUUCAGGAUUGUAUGUGGAAUGGAGGAAAGGAGUUGUCACAGAAAAUGAGAAUUCAUAAGGAUAUUCUUUCUUCUGACAAAUUUGAGUUUGUAAGAUCAGCACAUUCACAGAUUAAGGAGUGGUAUGAGAAUUCAUUGGCAGUCAGAGGCCUCAUAAAGGAACUGGUUGACAUGCGGUUGGCACUCUCAGAGACCAUCAGGAUAGAGGCAAUCCCAUGGUUUGAAGCCAAAUGUGAAAGUUUGGAACUUGAGGCAAAGAUUUUGGAGCUACAAAUUUUGGUUGACAUACUCAGUGAAAAUCCAAAUAUGCCUGAAGCAAUGAAAAAAAUUGAUGAUUAUUCACAUACUCUCUAUGGAGAAAUGGAAUUGGAGCUGGAAAAACUUAAGAAUGAUGAGAUAAUUUACGAUAAACUCACAGGCACAGAAUAUUAUGAUGUAUUAAAAAAAUAUAAACGGUUGAAGCAAGAGUUAGAUAAUAAAACAUUGAUUUUAAAUGAGUUAUCAUAACAUGUUUAUGGUAAGAGGAUUACAGUCUUCUGUGUUGCAGUGCCAUGUAAUUUGGAAAAGGCCUGACAUUUCAGAGAAAAUACUGUCUUCAUCUUUGGGGUUGAAGGGUGAGCCGAGCAAGAAACCAACAGGAAGCAAUCGGCAAGCCG